UCAGCGGGUCAAAUCGCAAUUGACCAUGUCGCAGCCUCCCCCUUAUUCUAGUUAUGAUACCCAGGAAUAUCCUGCACAACAAUAUCCUCCCCAAAACACUGGGCAUGUCUAUCACCAGCCUCCUCCUCCUGCCCCUCAUCCGGGAUAUCCUCAUCAAGGAUACCCUCAACAGGGCCAAUAUCCUGACCAAGGUCAUCCUAUGGUUAUUCAAACCCAACCGCAAAUGGGUAUGCCAGGAUCCCCACCAGGGGCUAGUGACGUUUUGCCUGGACUCCAAUAUUUGGCCCAAUUGAACCAAGUGCUGGUGAAGCAGAAAGUAGAAAUCUUUGAAGCUUUCACGGGAUUUGAGACCUCGAACAAGUACAAAGUUCUCAAUGCGAUGGGGCAACCGGUGUUUUCCGCCCAGGAGGACACGGAUUGAUGCACACGGAAUUGCUGUGGACCCAUCAGACCAUUCGACAUGAAAAUCACGGACAAUUAUGGCACAGAAGUCAUACACUUGGAUCGUCCCUUCAGAUGUCAAUCAUGUUGUUUUCCGUGUUGUCUUCAAGAAUUGGAGGUUUCAUCACCUCCUGGAAAUUCAAUUGGAUCCGUGGUGCAAAAUUGGAGCAUUUUCUAUCCCAGCUUUACCAUCAAAGAUGCCAACGGUCAGUCAAUGUUCAAGAUCAGUGGACCCUUUUGCACAUGGAGUUGUUGCAACGACGUCGAAUUUGAAAUUUUCGACAUGAAAGGCCAAGAAGUGGGCAAGAUUAGCAAGCAAUGGUCUGGCAUUGGGAGAGAGGCUUUUACGGACGCUGACAAUUUUGGAGUUUCGUUUCCAAUGGAAUUGGAUGUUAAAGCCAAAGCCGUGAUUCUUGGAGCUGUCUUCUUGAUCGACUUUAUGUUUUUCGAAAACUCAAAUAAUCAGCAAAACGAUGGCAUUGGAAUGAUGAGCUGAUAUGUUUUUUAUAUGAAAGUACAAUAAACUAUUGUUAAACUAAA